AUGUCCGCCAAAUCUAUCCUCGAGGCUGAUGGCAAGGCUAUCCUCAACUAUCACCUCACUCGCGCCCCCGUCAUCAAGCCCUCCCCUCUCCCCGCUCCCACCACCCACAACCCUCCCUCUCGUCUGGCCUCCCUCUACUUCCCCGAAGAUGCCGCCGUCAAGGAUAUCCUCGACCAGGCCGAGGUCACCUACCCGUGGCUCCUCGUCCCCGGCUCCAAGUUCGUCGCCAAACCAGAUCAAUUGAUCAAGCGCCGUGGGAAGAGCGGUCUGCUCGCCCUCAACAAGACCUGGGCCGAGGCCCGGGAAUGGAUCGAGGCCCGCGCCACCAAGGACGUCCAGGUCGAGUCCAUCACCGGGGUCCUGCGCCAAUUCCUCGUCGAACCCUUUGUCCCCCACCCCCAGGAGACCGAAUACUACAUCAACAUCAACUCCGUGCGUGAGGGUGACUGGAUCCUCUUCACCCACGAGGGUGGUGUCGACGUCGGUGAUGUCGACGCCAAGGCCGAGAAGCUGCUCGUCCCCGUCAACCUGAAGAACUACCCCUCCAACGACGAGAUCGCCGCGGCCCUGCUCAACAAGGUGCCCCAGGGUCUCCACAACGUCCUCGUCGACUUCAUCACCCGCCUCUACGCCGUCUACGUCGACUGCCAGUUCACCUACCUGGAGAUCAACCCCCUCGUGGUCAUCCCCAACGCCGAUGCCACCUCCGCCGAGGUCCACUUCCUCGAUCUCGCGGCCAAGCUGGACCAGACCGCCGAGUUCGAGUGUGGCACCAAGUGGGCGGUCGCCCGCGCCCCCGCCAACCUCGGCAUCACCGCCGCCCCCAAGGACAACAAGGUCAACAUCGACGCCGGCCCCCCCAUGGAGUUCCCCGCUCCCUUCGGCCGUGAGCUGACCAAGGAGGAGAAGUUCAUCUCCGACAUGGACGCCAAGACCGGUGCUUCCCUCAAGCUGACCGUCCUCAACGCCAGCGGCCGCGUCUGGACCCUCGUGGCCGGUGGUGGUGCCUCGGUCGUCUACGCCGACGCCAUCGCCUCGGCCGGCUUCGUCAGCGAGCUCGCCAACUACGGCGAGUACUCGGGCGCGCCCACCGAGACCCAGACCUACAACUACGCCCACACCAUCCUCGACCUGAUGCUGCGGGCCCCCAUGCACCCCGACGGCAAGGUCCUCUUCAUCGGCGGUGGCAUCGCCAACUUCACCAACGUCGCCUCGACCUUCAAGGGCGUCAUCCGCGCCCUGCGCGAGGUGGCCCCCGUCCUGAACGAGCACAACGUCCAGAUCUGGGUGCGUCGUGCGGGUCCCAACUACCAGGAGGGUCUCAAGAACAUCAAGGCCGUGGGCGAGGAGCUGGGCCUCAAGAUGCACGUCUUCGGGCCCGAGAUGCACGUCAGCGGCAUCGUGCCGCUGGCGCUGUGCGGCAAGAAGACCGACAUCAAGGAGUUUGGUGCCUAA